AUGUUUGAUUCAUUGACACUGAUACAGAUAAUCAAUGCUAUCAGAGUGAAUAUGAGUAGGAUUUUAGAAUGGAUGGAUGCUUUAGAUGAGACAGAAGAGAAUUAUAGAAAACACAUUAAUGAUACAAUCAUAACGGAAGUAGAAUCUAUGCAAUCUUCUACCCCCCAUCCACUUAUUGAACAAUUAUUCCCCACUAUAAAACAUAAAUGGGAAGAUGAAUACCGGCGAUAUUUAUCUAAUUCAUCUAGAAAUGCUCCUAAAAGGCCGGCAGAUAGCUUUAAGCUUGCUGCAGAUGUUAAAAGAACGUGCAUUGAACGUGCAUUGCAACCGACUGCCGGGAACGGUAAUUCUAUCAAUGGAUUAGGAACUAUGAUAUCAUAUUUACUGCACCAAGAGCUAACACUGUCUUGUUUGCUGCCAAAAACUGCGGGUAAUCAAUGGAUAAUAAAUAGGGAAUACAUAGAGCGCGCAAAACAGGUCAUACAACAGCAGGACAAUGAACAAGAGGAAAAUAUGAGGCACUUAGACCGUUACAGACAGGAUCUACAGGAGAGAGAAUCAGUAACGUUCCAUGCACUCGAAAAACAGUGGCAGGACAAACUGAAUAGUAACAUAGCAAAAUGUCUGUAA